CCGUUCCCCGGCAAGAUGCGGCUUCUGACCCGGCCCCUCCGCAGCUCCUCCUCCGGGGCGGUGCGGGUAGGCUCGGCACGGGUCCCGCAGGUUAUCCGGCGCUCGGCCAUGGCGAGCCUUCUGCGGCGGCGGGUGGCUGCUGCCCGCCGCCUCAUCCUCCUGCCGUCUCCGCCUCCGGGGCCGGCGGCGGCGCGACGCAGCAGCUGGGCUCUGCCCGCCGCCUUGGUGCGCCGCGGCGCGUUGGUGGGCGGCCGCUGGGUAGAGACGCCGGCCGCGUUCCCUGUGCGGGACCCGGCCAGCGGCGACGAGCUGGGCCGGGUGGCCGACUGCGGAGAAGCCGAGGCGAGGGCGGCCGUGCGGGCCGCGCACGAAGCCGGAGCAACAUGGGGCCGCCUCCCUGCCAAGGAGAGGAGCAAGCUUAUUCGCAGAUGGUACGAGCUGAUGAUUGAAAGGAAAAAAGAUCUGGCUACGAUCAUUACGGCGGAAAACGGAAAACCUCUGAAAGAAGCAGAAGGGGAAGUCCUAUAUUCUGCCUCGUUUCUGGAGUGGUUUGCAGAAGAAGCUCGCCGAGUUUAUGGUGAUGUCAUUCCAGCAUCUGCAAAAGACAGAAGAAUCCUGGUGCUGAAACAGCCGGUAGGAGUGGCAGCAAUUAUAACCCCAUGGAAUUUCCCCAGUGCUAUGAUUACCCGGAAGGUUGGUGCAGCUUUGGCAGCUGGCUGUACAGUAGUGGUGAAACCUGCAGAGGACACACCUUUAUCAGCAUUAGCUCUUGGAGAGCUUGCAAACCAGGCUGGAAUUCCAGCAGGAGUUUAUAAUGUUGUUCCUUGUUCAAGACAGCAGGCACCAGCUGUAGGGGAAGUUCUGUGCACUGAUCCAUUGGUAGCCAAAAUAUCUUUUACGGGCUCCACUGCAACAGGAAAGAUACUGCUGAAACACGCAGCUGGCACUGUGAAGCGAGUUUCCAUGGAGCUUGGAGGGCAUGCUCCUUUUAUAGUGUUUGACAGUGCUGAUGUGGACCGUGCUGUUGCAGGAGCCCUUGCUUCUAAGUAUAGAAACUCAGGUCAGACGUGUGUUUGCUCAAACCGUUUCCUGGUGCAAAAGGGAAUCCAUGACAGAUUUGUAGAAAAGUUUGCUAAAGCCAUAGAGAGCGAACUGCGUGUUGGAAGUGGAUUUGAUGCAAAAACUACCCAAGGGCCGUUAAUUAAUGAAAAAGCAGUGGAGAAGGUAGAGAGGCACAUUAACGAUGCAGUUUCACAAGGAGCAUCCGUUGUGAUUGGAGGGAAACGGCACAGCCUGGGGAGGAAUUUCUUCGAACCAACAUUACUGAGCAAUGUUACGACAAAAAUGCUUUGCACUCAAGAGGAGACCUUUGGCCCUUUAGCACCAGUUAUCAAAUUUGACACUGAAGCAGAAGCAAUUGCUAUAGCAAAUGCAGCUGAUGUAGGUUUAGCAGGGUAUUUCUACUCCCAAGAUCCAGCACAGAUCUGGAGAGUUGCAGAGCAGCUGGAAGUCGGAAUGGUUGGUGUAAAUGAAGGCAUUGUCUCCUCAGUUGAGAGCCCUUUUGGUGGAAUAAAGCAGUCUGGCAUAGGGCGAGAAGGUUCCAAGUACGGCAUUGAUGAAUACUUAGAAAUAAAGUACGUCUGCUUUGGAGGCUUGUAGGAAUCUUCUGAAAGCACAAUCCCAGCAUCUUGGAAAAGAGUGCUGUAGUUUUAAGAGCUUUUUGAACAAGAAAUAUGUAAUUAAUACAACUUUUACUUUCUCUAAAAAUAAGCAACCCUGUCCUGUAUGUAAGACAUAUUGACAACAUUACGUGCCACAUGUUUUUAUGUGUUCAUACCAUAUGAAUACAUUGUUUUUCAGCAAUGUGAUCAUGGUGACCAUUACCUCUAAAAAGGGAGUAAGGAAGAAGGCACACUUAUUAUCCUUAGGUCACCCUCAUUAGUGGGGGGACUUGGAAAUUUCAGCAUCAUGAAAAUAGAUCAUAAUCUGUGUCAAGGGGAAAACAGACCACCUUUUUCUGCUGCCUCUAUCUGAAUGCGUGUAGGAUGGGAGAAGUGUUGGUUAUGGCAGACUGCCUUUAAACUUUUGUGUAAACACUGACACUUUCUAAUGCAGUUCUGUAACUUUCUGGCAUGUCUUUUUUUUAAAAAAAAACUGUGGGAUAAUCUGAUGCUUAUGAAAGAUAAGUAAGUGCUUGGCUACAACUAGGAAUCCAUGCAGGUGAAUGAACAGCUUUGCAAGUGCACUUGCACUUGCAAGUAAUACUGGCUGCAGAGCUGUCACCUGUUCAUCCUUUGGGCUUCUGAGCAAAGAGCUGUAGUUUGUGCCUAACUGCUUGCAAGUUUGGGGUCAGGUACGGCUCUUGUUUGGUAUGUAUGCGAGUCUCAGUUGUUCAGAGAGGAUGGCAGUGCAGGACAAAGAGUUGCUGGCUCAGUAAGGAGCAGGAGGAAGAUGGGAUGCAUAGCUGCAGAACUAAGCUACAGAACUUUUAGGGGGACACUGAAAAGCCUAUAUGAAGGAAUCCCAAAUGCUGACAUGAGAACAUGUACAAACUCUUCUGUGAAAAGAAUGUAACUGUCCUUUGGUAGAAGGAAGGUCACUGAUGUCAGUGUUGCUCAGUGUCUAUAGUUUUCCUCAGCACCUCCCAAGAACAUGAGCAGGCGGUUCAUUUCCUUUGGAAUCUGCCUUGGAUGAAUCUGCCUUGGAUUUAUGUUCACACAAAGCAAAUAUCCAUUAUUAAGAAAGGUAUACACAUUUUUUAUCUUAGGUAACUUGCAGUCUAAUAACGAUUGGAAAUAAAAAUAAUUGUAGGCAAGACUUUUAGCCAUAAUUCCACUACUUUCAUUGACAAAACAUUUCAAUGGAAAAUGGAGGAAACCCUUUCUUUAAAAAGAAGCAAUAUUAAUUUGGCAAAUAGAUUAGUGCUGUAGAGGCUAAGGAGAAGAAACUUUGUUUCCUCUGGUUAACUUAUUAGGUGGGGUUAUACCCGUUAAUUAUUACAAAUAAAGGCAGGUAGCACAUCUCUCCUUCAUAUAUCUGUAUUUAUACACUAAUGAAUGUAAGAAAUGGGCUAUUUUAAGAAACUUGAUGCAAUUAGGCAGAAAGGUACCAGGUAACAAACUAGCUUAAAAAAAAAGCAGAGCUAAGUAUCACAGGGUUUUUGGUUUUAACAGUUGCGUGUAAGGUAGCGUUAACUGUUACUUCUUAUUUCUAAAUUUUUUUUAAUGGUUGCAUUUGUAUAACACCUGAGAACAGGUGCCUGUAGAGUGUGUGUGUGUACAUCCUGCCAGCCGAAGGACAAGUAAAAGACAAGUGCACAUUGUUAUUAAUUUUCAAAGCACCAAGAAUGUGCAUUUACAGUGAUAAUGACUGGAUACUCUUAUCAGUUGUAGCACAUUUGCUUUCUCUGAAGAACAAAGAGAGAUAACUUAAUCCUACCCACAUAAAUGGCAAGAAAAUUUCUUGGUCUAGACAGCUUCUGAGUGCUCAGCUUUACUGAGUGCACAAGCUGCCUGAAUUUGGGGAACAAGACCUUGUGGAACAGGGAGCCUUCUGGCAGCUCUGGCUGCUGUUAUGUUUUUACUCCUUGCACAAUGUAGCCCAGCAGAAAAAAAGCAGUAACCCAGUGCCUGGGUACCAGCAGUACAGUAAUGAAGGCGCACUCACAGACAUCGCACACAGGUUGGAAUAUCUGCCACAUCAAUUGCACAGACUUACAAUAUGCUUGCACUAUCACAUAAAAGUUAAACUCAUUUAAUUUAUCGCUGUAUUACGGUGCAGUCUUGAAUGUAGAUGUACUUCUUGGGACACUGCAGUUAGAGAAAUAAUUGUUUAGCCUGCUGCUCUCUUCAUUGCUAAAUUAGCGAUCUGAUGCCUUGGUGAAUUUAAAAUCAUUUCAUGUCAUUUCUAAGAAUAGCACUGUUACAGUUAAUGAGUAAAUGUUUACUUUUUUGUAGUGUGUUUUUUUUGUAUUUGAUAAUGAGCACAAACCAUAAUUAAGUUGUACAAUGAAGUUGAAAAAUAACUUUGUCCAGAUAGAUUGGAGUGUGGUUGGAUUCCAACAUGGUAUCUUUGUGUCAUUAAAUAAGCACAGAAUAAUCUUAACGUUGUUUUCAUAGCAAAAGCUGUGAUUCUUUAACAAAAGAUGUACUUGAAUCCUCACAUUUAUGUUUGUGAUGUUCAGAGAUUUCUGGAUUUAAAACCGUGAUGGAAGAACAUUUUCAAUUAAUAAAUAACUUAUGUGAAAGCA